UUGUUGUUUUGCCGCUGGCUCAGUGAAUAAAUCGGUUUUUCAUUUUAACAAUUUUCUGCACUCAAUUGCAGAAACGGCAACAACGGGCUCCGGUGUCCCAAGGGUCGGCUCCGUGUGGACUGAAAUGAAAGGUAAAGAGCGGUCGCCGAUCAAAAAACGCUCCCGGGCCUUGGACGACAUACGAGACAGGGGAGGAGGAUGCCACCCGACCAGCAAGAAAAUGGGGGCUCUCGCGGUUUCUAGUGGGAGUAAUAAUGGAAAUAACCCGGCAAAAAGCGACGGCAGCUCGACGAGAAGGAGUUUACUCGGCGAGAAAAGAGAGCGAGAUUUUGACGGUCACAGUCGGCCCGGGAAUAACCACAGCUGUCAGUCCGCUGCCGCCAGCUCCAUCGGGAAGCCCCACAGCCUGAGCCUGACGCUGGACCUGGCCUCCGCGAGGACCGCUUUGCGGGCGGAGCCGCGGGUGCAGCCGCCCAGCGUCGAGAGUGAGUACAAAACCCUCAAAAUAAGCGACCUCGGCACCCAGCUGAGCGACGAGGACAUAGAGGACGGACUUUUUCACGAGUUCAAAAAAUUCGGCGACGUGAGCUUGAAGAUAAGCCGGAGCAACGACGAGCGGAUCGCCUUCGUGAAUUUCCGGAAGCCGGAGGACGCGCGAGCUGCGAAGCACGCGAGGGGCCGGCUGGUGCUGUACGACCGGCCGCUGAAGAUCGAGGCCGUGUACAUCAACAGGAGGAGAAGCCGCUCCCCCGUGGAGAGGGACUUGUACGGGGCAGCUCAUAGACAUUUGCAGAGACCCCUCUCGCCCACCGGGCUCGGAUACAGAGACUACCGGCUGCAGCAGCUGGCCAUGGGGCGGCUGCCCCCUCCCCCGCCGCCCCCUCUGCCCAGAGACCUGGAGCGGGACCGGGAGUUCGCCCUGUUCGAGGCCCGGGCGCGACCCGCUUUCAUUGCAGAGCGGGCAGCUUUUCGCGAAGAGGAUUUUAUAUCUCCAGAAGAUGACCAAAGAGCCAAUAGGACGUUGUUUUUAGGAAAUCUGGACAUAACUGUUACAGAGGCGGACCUGAGGAGAGCUUUUGACCGGUUUGGGGUCAUCACUGAAGUGGACAUAAAAAGACCCACACGAGGACAAACCAGCACAUAUGGAUUUCUGAAAUUUGAGAAUCUUGACAUGGCUCACCGUGCUAAACUUAGUAUGUCUGGCAAAAUAGUCGGCCACAACCCCAUAAAGAUAGGUUAUGGGAAAGCAACUCCCACCACGCGCCUGUGGGUGGGGGGACUCGGACCCUGGGUUCCUGUAGCUGCCUUAGCAAGAGAGUUUGAUCGUUUUGGCACUAUAAGGACCAUUGACUACAGGAAGGGGGACACUUGGGCCUACAUUCAGUAUGAAAGUUUGGAUGCCGCACAAGCGGCAUGCACACACAUGAGGGGCUUUCCGCUGGGAGGUCCAGAGAGAAGACUUCGAGUGGACUUUGCUGACACUGAGCACCGUUACCAGCAGCAGUUCCUGCAGCCUCUCCCAAUUCCACCAUUUGACAUGGUGGCUGAGUCAUUUGUCCACCGGGCCACACCUGAACCUCUGAGGGUCAGGGAACGGACUCCACCGCCCCUUCAUUUCAGGGAAAGAGAACUCUUUCCUGGAACUGAGUGGCCCAAUCCAGCUCUUCGUGACCGGGUACGGGCUUCACCCUUUGAGCCUCUAGAGCACUUGGAACGUGAACGGCGGGCACGAGAGCCCUGGUCAUUGGAACGAGAGCUGCAGGGACGAGAACCUGCACGCAAGCGGCGAUUGAUGGAGGACGGACGCCAUAUCGACCACUCCCCCGACAGCACCGAGAGGACAGGAAGGCGGAGACGUGCUUCUCCAGAUGGCAGUCCUGGAGGUAGCAGCAGAGACGGAGGGCGCUUCAGUGACCCGGAGCGCCCUCUGCGGGCCGAGAGACCCUCUCCUGCACGAGAACGUCACGGCAGCCUGGAAAGAAGUGUGGCUGAACGGAGGCUCAAAACCCAGAGUCUCUCCGACAAGGGGCCACCGAGCAGCAGCGUUUCUUCGGUCGUGGAGCGUAAGCGCAAAGCCGGCGACGGUGGCAAAGGGCCGGCCAAAAGAGAGCGUUCUGAGAACAACGCCAAGGGGGGCCAGCCGUCCAAACCAGACGGCACAAAACUCAGUUUGGCCUGGCAUGGUAUGCUGCUCCUCAAGAACAGCAACUUCCCGGCCAACAUGCAUCUGCUGGAGGGCGAUCACAGCGUGGCCCGCGACCUGCUCACCGAGGGCACGUCAGGGCGACCGGUGGGCGAGCUCAAGAUCACCCAGCGGCUCCGUCUGGACCAGCCCAAGCUGGACGAGGUGUCCCGGCGCAUCAAGGUGGCGGGUCCCGGUGGCUACGCCAUCCUGCUGGCGGUUCCCGGGCCAACGGAGGAUUCGUCUUCAUCUGACCCUGCAGCCUCGACUCAGCGGCCGCUUCGCAACCUGGUGUCCUACCUCAACCAAAAACAAGCCGCCGGAGUCAUCAGCCUACCUGUGGGGGGGAGCCGGGAUAAAGACAACACCGGGGUCCUUCAUGCUUUCCCUCCCUGUGAUUUCUCCCAGCAGUUCCUGGAUUCCUCUGCCAAAGCUCUGGCUAAAAGUGAAGAGGACUAUCUGGUCAUGAUUGUGGUCCGUGGAGCAUCUUAAAAAAGAAAGAAAAAAGAAAAGAAAAAAAUCUGAACACACACAAGUUCAAGUGGUGUAAAAAAAAAAAAAAAAAAAAAUCUGCUUUAUGUCAGUAACUAUUGCAUGCUGUGUUCUGCAUUGUGGGGUACACUAGUAUGGUUCUUGUGUUUGUAUGCUACCAUGUAAUCCACUUAAAUAACAAACCCUGCCCUCCGACUAAACUAAAAGGAUGUGUGUAUUUGAAAUUAUUUUUUAAAGGGUGUAUGAAUUGCUCACAUUCAUAAACCUGCAGUAAUUCAGUCAAAACCUAUGAAUACAGUAGAAUAUGAGGAGCAUUUGUUAAAUACAGUUAAUUUAAGAAGAGAUUGGGCAUAUAGAAAAACAAUGUUUUGGUUAAUUUACAGGUUUAAAAACCGAGUUGUCCAACUGUACGACAAUAACUAAAUAAUUUAGAUUUGCAAUGAUUAGACACAAUAACACCUCCACGACAAUAGAACCACAAACAAUGGCUUCACAAGCGUUAUGCUCUAGUGCUGAGGCCACACCUCCCUGACUGUUGACAGCAGCUGAAAUGCUUAAAGCUUAAAAAGGCUUCGUUAGUGUGUGGGCCACAGCAUCGCCCCGAUUGUACCGGUGUUAUUGUGUCUACACCCUGUGUCGGCGUCCACAUGAGGAGAAUCAGAAAAACUGAUUUGCAGGGAAAUAAUAUUCCUACCACCAUUUUUAAAUUGAAGGUUCCCAGUAGAGGGGAGUGACUGGUUUGGUACUGCAGUUACUAAACCAAUCAAGAGAAAGAAUCCCGGUAACAUUUUUAAGUGGCACAACUUUUCUCCAGCACAACAUUCACUAGGCGACCGACCUGAUGUCAACAAGAUGGCUGAAGCAGUCUGGUGAAUGGAGUGUGGCGGACCGCUAUUUAUGCAACGUGUUUGAACUUUGAGGCGCUCACACUGGCUCAUACUCCAUGUAUGUGCGCUCAAAGUUGGAAAACAUUUUUAAAUUCCCCAGUUAACGCGUCUCUGACGGGCACAUUUCAGUCACCUGUGUUGUGAAUUCUGUUCUGGAUUGGAGAGUAUCUUUAGAUAAAGGGUUCCUCAGUUUUGGGACAUCAAAUUGCAAGACAGCCAAUGAAGUCAGUGUGUGUGUCUACUGGUAAACUCCAUUGUUAUGUCAACUCCAUGUGGAAUGCUGAAUACUAACAGAUGUGACCCUGUCGCCCAGGGAGCAGCCGUAACACAAUACGCAUAGCAUAGUAAAGAAAAUACUAACAUGUCUUUCAUAUUUUUUACUUCAUAUUUUAUUUUGUGCAUCCCUACCUUUUUAGAAAUGGUUGUGUAAUGUGAUAUAUGAAAAACUUCAGUAGUAAUGGAUAAAAAAAAAAAAGCUUAGAGUUUUGUGUUGUUUCAUUUAUUGCUCUGAAACCAGUAGGUCCUCAAAUAAUAAUAAUACUAUUCAGUAUCAGUAAUAUGUUGGUUCAAAGUUACAGAAACCUGCUCUUUGUUCAGUAAGUAGGUCUGAGUAAUUUAAAGUUGUUAAACGUUCAUGUUUUAAUUUGACUUUAGAGGUAUACAUUGGACACUAUUUAACUCUUGCCUGCCAACAUGUUCCCCCACGGCCUACUUAUUGCAUUUUUGUUUUGCCAUUGUAUGUUUGUCAUGCAAUAGAACAUGGCUGAUUUAUGUAUUGAAAACAUUAAUAUGUCAGAAAAAAUUGUUGUUUGAACAUCUCACCCACUUCAACGUUGGACUUAAGGAGACGAAGCCCUCUGCAGAGAAGGUGUUUGUGAGUCCUCACUAAUGAGGCAACUUUUAAGUUGUGUAUCCCGACUGCACCUGUGAUGACUUCUGUUUUUAAUGGAAAAUUGAGCAAUGUACACUUUGAUGUCGUGGGAAAGGAAAAUCCAUAGAGCCCAUGCGAAGCUGUUCACAUACCUGCGAGUGCGUUUGGGCACUUAAUGUGACCGAUUAUCAAUAAAUUGUUCAUUUGAAGGGAAA